UCCGGGCACAGAGAGUAGUAAUGUGUCGAUGUUAUGAUUGUAAGAUUUUUGUAUAUAAAAUAUGAAUUUAGGUCCUUCAAACUCCUACGGCAACGGGCUUUUAUAUGCAGGAUGGAACCAAGACCAGGGAUGUUUUGCCUGUGGGAUGGAAACAGGGUUUCGAGUGUACAAUGCAGAUCCCCUGAAGGAGAAAGAAAGGCAAGAUUUUGCCGAUGGAGGUGUUGCUCUGAUAGAGAUGUUGUUUCGGUGUAAUUAUCUUGCUCUUGUCGGUGGAGGUAAAAAUCCAAAGUAUCCACCAAAUAAAGUGAUGGUGUGGGAUGACCUAAAAAAGAAACAUGUCAUCGAGCUGGAGUUCUCUACUGAUGUCCGAGGUGUCAAGUUACGCAGAGAUAGAAUUGUUGCUGUGCUGGACACAAUGAUCAAAGUGUACACGUUCACCCAGAAUCCCCAGCAGCUGCAUGUGUUUGAGACAGGACAUAACCCUAAAGGUCUGUGUGUGAUGUGUCCCAACAGCAAUAACUCUCUACUGUCUUUCCCCGGGAGAAAAGUUGGCCAUGUGCAAAUAAUUGAUCUUGCUGAGACUGAGAAACCUCCAGUGGAUAUAGCUGCCCAUGAGGCGAACCUUGGCUGUAUGUCCAUGAACACUCAGGGUACACGACUUGCCACAGCCUCCGAGAAGGGAACUUUAAUACGGGUGUUUGACACAAAUACUGGAGCUAGACUGCAUGAGCUGCGACGUGGAACAAACAGCGCAAAUAUCUACUGCAUCAACUUCAAUGCUGACUCUUCCCUCCUGUGUGUCUCAAGUGAUCACGGAACUGUUCACAUCUUCUCAACUGAAGACCCAAGGAAAAACAAACAGUCUAGUCUGGCAACCGCAAGCUUUCUUCCAAAAUACUUCAGUUCCAACUGGAGUUUCUCCAAGUUCCAGGUUCCUGGCGGUGCACACUGUAUCUGUGCCUUUGGGGCAGAACCAAAUGCUGUGAUAGUGGUGUGUGCAGAUGGCAGUUACUACAAGUUCCUCUUCAGUCCAAAGGGCGAGUGCACAAGAGAUGUUUAUGCUCAAUUCUUGGAAAUGACGGAUGAUCGAUCAUAGGCUGUGAAGAUUGUGCAUGAGAUAGGACUCUGUGAUAUCCAAGAAGGGCCCACUGGAAACAGUGGGAUGUUCCAUAUGUGCUGCUACGGUGAUGUGUACAUAGUAAUGGUUUCCUGUACAGAGGCUAGUUGCAGGCAGAUCCAGUCACUGCAUGAUUUGUCAGGUACACUCAGUCUCUCUGUGUGAUAUGUCAGAUACACCCAAUCUCUGUGAGAUGUGUCACGUACACUCAGUCUCUGUGAGAUGUGUCAGAUACACCCAAUCUCUGUGUGAUGUGUCAGAUACACCCAGUCUCUGUGUGAUGUGUCACAUACACUCAGUCUCUGUGUGAUGUCACAUACACCCAGUCUCUGUGAGAUGUGUCAGAUACACCCACUCUCUGUGAGAUGUGUCAGAUACACCUAGUCUCUGUUUGAUGUGUCAGAUACACCCACUCUCUGUGUGAUGUGUCAGAUACACCCACUCUCUGUGAGAUGUGUCAGAUACACUCAGCCUCUGUGUGAUGUGUCAGGUACACCCAGUCUCUGUGUGAUGUGUCAGAUACACCUAGUCUCUCUUUGAUGUGUCAGAUACACCCACUCUCUGUGAGAUGUGUCAGAUACACCCAGUCUCAGUGUGAUGUGUCAGAUACACCCAGUCUCUGUGUGAUGUGUCAGAUACACCCAGUCUCUGUGUAAUGUGUCAGAUACACCCAGUCUCAGUGUGAUGUGUCAGAUACACCCACUCUCUGUGUGAUGUGUCAGAUACACCUAGUCUCUCUUUGAUGUGUCAGAUACACCCACUCUCUGUGAGAUGUGUCAGAUACACCCACUCUCUGUGUGAUGUGUCAGAUACACACAGUCUCUGUGUGAUGUGUCAGAUACACCCACUCUCUGUGUGAUGUGUCAGAUACACCUAGUCUCUGUUUGAUGUGUCAGAUACACCCACUCUCUGUGUGAUGUGUCAGAUACACCUAGUCUCUGUUUGAUGUGUCAGAUACACCCACUCUCUGUGAGAUGUGUCAGAUACACCCAGUCUCUGUGUGAUGUGUCAGAUACACCCAGUCUCUGUGUGAUGUGUCAGAUACACCCAGUCUCUGUGUGAUGUGUCAGAUACACCCAGUCUCUGUGUGAUGUGUCAGAUACACCCAGUCUCUGUGUGAUGUGUCAGAUACACCCACUCUCUGUGUAAUGUGUCAGAUACACCUAGUCUCUCUUUGAUGUGUCAGAUACACCCACUCUCUGUGAGAUGUGUCAGAUACACCCACUCUCUGUGAGAUGUGUCAGAUACACCAAGUCUCUGUGUGAUGUCAGAUACACCCACUCUCUGUGUGAUGUGUCAGAUACACCCAGUCUCUGUGUGAUGUGUCAGAUACACCCACUCUCUAUGUGAUGUGUCAGAUACACCUAGUCUCUGUUUGAUGUGUCAGAUACACCCACUCUCUGUGAGAUGUGUCAGGUACACCCAGUCUCUGUGUGAUGUGUCAGAUAAACCCACUCUCUGUGUGAUGUGUCAGAUACACCCCGUCUCUGUGAGAAGUGUCAGAUACACCAAGUCUCUGUGUGAUGUGUCAGAUACACUCAGUCUCUGUGAGAUUUGUCAGAUACACCCAGUCUCUGUGUGAUGUGUCAGAUACACCCAGUCUCUGUGUGAUGUGUCACGUACACUCAGUCUCUGUGAGAUGUGUCAGGUACACCCAGUCUCUGUGUGAUGUGUCAGAUACACCCAGUCUCUGUGUGAUGUGUCAGAUGCACCCAGUCUCUGUGUGAUGUGUCACGUACACUCAGUCUCUGUGAGAUGUGUCAGGUACACCCAGUCUCUGUGUGAUGUGUCAGAUACACCCAGUCUCUGUGUGAUGUGUCAGAUACACCCACUCUCUGUGUGAUGUGUCAGAUACACCCAGUCUCUGUGUGAUGUGUCAGAUACACCCAGUCUCUGUGU